UGUACAUCAUGACGUGCCAUCGCAAAAACUGCAUGUAUUUCGGACGCAUAGCAGCAUAGGAGUGUUAUUGAUAGUAAUGGUGUUUUGGUCAGUGUUUAGGAAGGAAUCGUGACUUAUUUGUCAUGAUGUGGAGACAUUGACAUUGUUAAUUCUGACACAGCGUUUCUCAUGCGAGUCGUGGCAACACAAAGUUUAGAUUGGGCUAAGCUUCUGUAUUUUAAGUUUGGGGGAAUUAUGUUACUACAACUCCCAUGAUGCAUUCUAAUGUACAAGCCCUGUUCCUUGCUGAAACCCUGACAGAAGCCGGACGCCGAGGAAGAGCUGUGGCAGGGGGAGGUUCCGAUCGUGGAGGUCAUCCUCGCCGACAUCGACUCCCUGGUGCCCACCCACGAUGAGGCGGAGACUGGAGACUGUGAGCUUGAGGAAAGAGCGUAUAGUUGUGCUGUUUCUCAGCCACUGGAAGAAAUCGGCGUACGCCAUAACGGUGAGAGCAGCUAGGCGGAGACAGGAGCAGGGGCCAGAGGCUGACGGGGUCCAGGAGCUAGGGGUUGGCCAGAGAACCACCAUGUUGCAGUUCUGCUGCCAAAGAACCGCCGUGGACAAGAUGCUGCAUUCCUGGAGGAACAUCCGCGCGGAGAGGCCCGGGAAGGCCGUGGCUUCGGCUUCCAGCCGGACCACGUACUCCCCUGAGCAGUUCCUACGGGCGUCGGACGGCGUCGUCGUGGUGACCCACGACGACCUGACCCUGGAGCUCUUCAUGCUGGGCUACUUCCGCAUCCUGGAGCAGGAGCUGCCGCCCGAGGAGAGGAAGAUGAGGCACCUGCUGUGCUUCGAGGUGUUCGACCACGUGGGCGGCUUCCCCUGGGAGACCGUGCGGGACUUCCACAAGGCCGUGGUGCGGGACGUCCAGGCCGGGAGGCGGCGCUGGGGCGACGGCUUCGAGGACGUCAAGGCACACUUCUUCGGCGAACCCUCGGCCACCCGCGGAGACCCCCUCGUCCCCCGGGGGCCCGCCGCCCGCACGGAGUCGGCUGACCAGCGUAGCAGCGAGGCGGACUCCUGUUUCAGCAACGGAGACAUUUGUAAAUACAUCGACCGCAGCUUCGCCUUCUGGAAAGAGAAGGAGGCGGAGCUUUUUGAUUUCGCCCCGUAGUCCGCAGUCAUCCACGCUGGCUUUAUUGGGGUUUUUCUUGUGAGUGAUGAUAUAUAUUUACGGAAUUAGUAGAUGGUUGCGUUGAUUUUUAGAUCCAAAGUGUAUUUGUGAUAUGUAUUAUGAUUUAAAUCAUUUAAAUCCAUAAGUGUCCAUUAUAUUGCCAUGCCUAGUUGUGUGUUUUUGUGUGUGUGGAUGCGUUUUCGAUAUAUCUUAUUUUAUUUGAAGUUCUACAUGUCCAUGAGAUACAUGGGCCUCAUCACUGGAGGAGACUGUCAUCAUCAAUGGCCCUGUGACAACGCUGAGCUCAUCACAUAUUCUCACGAUGCCAAAACAAGCAUGAUUACACUGCCACCGGCAGUCAAUGUCUACGCAAACACACAAACACACAGACAGACGGACGGACGGACGGACAGAC